UUUUCUUAGUGCUCACUGUCAUUUAACAGUUUAACACAAUUGUAGUCUGUUUGAUAUUGUGUUACAUAUUUAUUUAAAGACAAUGAACGGAGCGUUGCAAAAUGGAUUUGCAAUCCAUUCGGGUGCCUUUGUCCUGACAACGCACUCCCCGACAGAGGUAGCGCGCACUUUGAUAGACAGCGGCCGUCAAAAAGAACCAUUCUACGUGUUCGACAUGGACGAGGCGCACAGACGCAUUCAGCAUUUCAAAACGCAGAUGCCGAGAGUGCAAAUAUUUUAUGCAAUGAAGUCGAAUGAUUCCGAUUUCAUGUUGAAAUUGGCCAUCGCUUCUGGACUCGGCUUCGAUUGUGCAUCGCCUGGUGAGAUUCACAAACUAAGGCAGCUAAAUGUGAACCCUACGAGCAUAAUAUAUGCAAUGCCUUCAAAAACAGCGGAGCAGAUGAUAUAUGCGCGAGACUCUGGAGUACUUCAUACAACGUUUGAUUCGUCCUAUGAAUUAAAGAAGAUAAAACAAUAUUGGCCAGAUGCUAGAUUGUUGGUACGAAUUCGUGUGGAGGGAAAGAGUGUUUACAACUUAGGAGAAAAAUUCGGUUGCGGUCACGAUACGGAAGCUAUAAAACUGUUAGACGAAGCGGCUGCUCUUGGUCUUAAGGUAGUAGGAGUAGCUUUCCAUGUCGGUAGCGCUUGUUCAUCAGUCGACAGCCACGAGAAUGGUCUUCGCUAUGCCAAAGCCUUGUUUGAUCACGAAGCUAAAGCUGGCAGACGAAUGAACAUAGUGGACAUUGGCGGUGGGUUUCUCAGCGAUAGGACUGACAGAGUUGACCAGGCCGCGAAACUUAUUAAUAAAGCACUUGAUGAAUAUUUUCCUGAUAAAACGGUGCAAGUGAUAGCAGAGCCAGGAAGAUAUGUUUGUGAUUCUUCAUACACUCUUUAUUGCAGCAUUAACAAUGUUAAACAGACAAAGGCUGAUGAUGAUAAUUAUGAUAUUUACAAAAUGGCUGAAUUUAUUUUGAUCAGUUUUGAAUGA